AAACGGUGUGGUCAAGCAUCCUGUAGGAGGGACAUGCGUGGAAAAAGUCAGCGAAACAAUUCCUAUUCCUACAAUUGAGCCUCCUAUCGAUGACCUCAGUAACAUAAACAUCGAACUUGAAGAGGCAAACGACGAAAUGACCAAAGCCACAAUUACGGAAGCGGAUGAUCUCCUAUGUGGGCCAGAAGUGCGUUGCACGGAAGUGGUGUACAUUCUUAGAGACGUAAGAAAGAAACUUGGCCUGAUUUCGCAAGUUGUAGCCGUCCUGCGGACUCCGACAUUCUAUGUAAUAUUAGUGCCCGUAGUCGCUGCUGAUAUCACGCUUCUUCUGCUCGCUUUUACAGUUGUGGACUACGCCGAAGACAAAGGAAUACCGCUGAACUUAGCCGCAGUGCUCGUAAGCUGUCAGUGCGCGGGGGGCUUUGCUGGCCGCCUCGUGAUUCCCUUGAUGUCGGACAGGACGCCGAGUGGACGAUGCGUCAUCGGCUCCAGUAGCGUUGUUCUUAUUUCCAUGUGUUUUCUGGUCAUGCCACAUGUGGUGAGUUUUGCGGCCGUCGCAGUGCUUACGUUCGUCGCUGGUGCCCAGCAAGGUUACCUGGCGACAAUCAAGACAGUACUUAUCGCCGACUACAUUGGUGUGCACCUGGUGGCAGUGUGUUGGGGCAUCACUGGCUUGCUCUCAAUGCCGUUGUUAUUUUGCGAGCCUGCAAUAAUUGGUGCGUUCCGUGACACGCAGGGCUCGUACGACAGCCUCUACAGGAUGUAUGGGGCAGUGGACUUGGUUGCGGCGAUUUUGCUUGGCCUGCAAGUGUUUCUGGACUCAAGAAAGAGAAGAAAUAAACGCUGACCUGAAU